AUGGUUAAAGCAUAUCUUAAAUUCGUACAACAAGAUGUAUUUGGUGUGAUUGCUAGUACAACUUCGUUGUUUGAUAAGAAUACCAAACAUUGUAUUACAGGUUCAGGUGAACGUAUUUCAAUUUGGAAUCUAAAGAAACAGACUUUGGAACGUUCAUUGUUUGAAGAGGAUACCAAUUCAGAGAUUGCUACACUCGCGUUGAGUAAUGACGGUGAGUUGUUGGCUGCCGGACACAAUGACGGAUCGAUUCGUUUGUGGUCGAUGCGUGAAUACCAAUUGGUAGCGGUGUUCAACGGUCAUCGUGGAUCGGUAUGUGCACUACACUUUAACCAACUGGGAUCACAGCUCGUCUCUGGCUCAAAAGACACUGAGAUCAUCGUGUGGGAUAUCAUCACCGAGACCGGUCUCUACCGUUUGCGCGGACAUCGUGAUAUGGUGACAGCGGUCCGACUUCUCGAGAAGACAAACCGUUUGGUUUCAUCGUCGAAAGACGGUCUUAUCAAGAUUUGGGAGUUGGAAACACAGCAUUGCAUUCAAACUAUCGUUGGUCAUCGUAAUCCGGUGUGGGCAAUCGAUGUCAACGCCGACGAGUCGAGACUUGUCUCUGUUACAAACGAUAGUUUCAUUCGUUGUUGGCGUCUCGAUGCCGGCGAUAGCAAGUCGAACAACAACCGUAAAUAUAUAGUGAAUAAUCCAAUCAAUACAAUGUCGAUAGAUCCAAGUGCGGAGCAAACCAAAGAACAACAACAACUCUCACAAUACCCAGUUGUCAAAGUCAAGAAGGAAGAGAACAGUGGAAGCAACGACGAUGACAAUCAAGACGUCACAACAGAACAAGAGUUUGCAAUCUACUAUGGAUCUGUUCCAUGUAAAGGUGAAUCAUACAACGGUAUUAAAUUCGAUCCAACCAAUCGUGUCCUCAUUGCACAAUCCCAAGGUAAAUUCAUUGAUCUCUUCCAAGUUUCACAUGGUAAAGAAUUGGAUCAAAAAUUAAAAAAAGAAAAUAGAAAUGUAUUAAUUAUUUGCUAUUGUUAUGUCAUAGAAUUAAAUGUAAUAGAUGAAUUUAGACAUACAGAAACAAUAAAGACACCAUCAAAAGUUAGAGGAUUCAAUUUUGGUAAUCAAAAUCAUUGGAACAAGUUUGUCAUUUCGAUGAUGGGUAAUCAGGUUCAGGCAUAUGAGAUCAAACAGGAAGGAACAGAGGUUUUCUCAACUCUUGAGAAUGGAGGUCAUCGUGCUGAUGUCCGUUCGCUUACUCUCAGUAGUAAUGACGCUAUCUUGGCAUCGACAUCGUCGGAUUCCGUCAAGAUUUGGAAUGUAAAGACACUCAAUUGUAUUCGUACAUUCCAGUGUGACUAUGGUCUUUGCUCGGUUUUCGUACCUGGCAAUCUGCAUGUAAUCGUUGGAACCAAGAGUGGAACACUCGAGGUGUUUGAGUUGGCAUCGGCUGAGCAUGUCGCCACUGUGCAGGCACACGAGGGUGCACUCUGGUCGAUGGCGCUGACACCGGAUGCGCGUGGAAUCGCUACAUGCGGUAGUGACAAACAAGUUAAAUUCUGGAAUUUCAAGCUGAUUGCCAAUCCCGACAAUCAAAAGACAAAGAAGCUGACAUUGGUACAAACUCAGAUCUUACAGCUAGAGUCAGAAGCGAUGUGCGUGCGUUUCUCUCAGGACAAACGAUUCUUGGCCGUCUCACUAUUAGAUAACACCGUCAAGAUUUUCUAUGCCGACACACUUAAAUUCCAUCUUUCACUGUAUGGACACAAACUGCCAGUUAUGACCAUGGAUAUUUCCGAUGAUUCCACACUGAUUGUCACUGGAUCCGCCGAUAAGAACAUAAAGAUUUGGGGACUUGACUAUGGUGAUUGCCAUAAAUCUUUGUUUGCACACGACGACAGUAUUAUGCAAGUUGCAUUCAUUCCAAAGACUCAUCACGUCAUUUCCACCAGUAAGGACAAGCGUAUCAAAUAUUGGGAUGCCGACAAAUUCGAACAUAUCCAAACUCUCCAGGUUCACCACGGUGAAGUUUGGUCGUUGGCAAUGGGAUCGGUCGGUACAUUCUUCUUGACAGGUUCACACGAUCGUUCCAUUCGUACUUUCAAACAAACUUCAGAACCAGUCUUUGUAGAUUCAGAGAAACAGCAAACACUUGAAAAAGAAUGGGAAGCAACUUUAGAAGAUGAUAAUAGAGUUAGAACAAAAGAAAUGUUGGAAGAACAUGCUUCAGCAAAUAAAAAAACAUUGGAAACUAUUAUUGCAGGUGAAGAAAUAUUGGAUGCUGUUUUAUUGGCAGAGAAUGAAAGAAUUAGAUUGAAGGAAUAUCAAGAGACUGCUCAAACUGAAGAUGAACCAUACAAUCCCAAUAUUUUGUUGUUUGGAAUGUCACCUUCCGAUUACCUGUGGAACAAGGUGUUCAAGGUGCGUGCCAGUGACUUGGAAGAGGCACUCGUUGUCUUGCCUUACUCCACUCUCAAACCACUGUUUACCUACUUCUCAGAGUGGCUCAACGCCGGUAAGAGCGUAGAGUUGAUUUCGAAAUGUUUGUUCUUCUUGGUGCAGACUCACCAGAAUCAAUUGUCCACUGAAAUGGAAAUGGUGCCAUUGCUGCAGGCCAUCAACGAACGUUUGAAACAGAGAGUACAAAAGGAGAAGGAUGCCAUUGGAUUCAAUCGAUCGGCAAUGACCUACCUGAGGAGAGAGGUUGAGCUCGAGAAGUCCUACGCCUUCUUUGAGGAUGCUCCAUCUGCAACUACCGCCUCUAAAACCUCAUCUUCAUCCACAGCUAAACAAUCAUCAAAAGAACCACAAAAGAAGAGUAAAAUUCAAACCGAAACUUUAUUGUUACCAACAAAAUCAACAAAACCAAUUAAAAAUAGCAAUAACAAACGUACAAGAAAAUAA